UCGGCGUACCAGGAACACGGAACAGCGUGGAGCUCGGACCAAGCAGCUGCGACACGCACGUUUCCUUUCCACGGUGAAAACCAGUGAUCGCCGCUGGUUUGUUUCACAAUGGACAACACGACAGACGCAACAUGGGACUCGUUACCUGUUCAGCUGAGCGAGGGAAUUCUACAAACUCUGGAGGAGCUGAAGUUCACUCACAUGACACCUGUACAGUCCGCGUGUAUCCCGCUGUUCAUGGGCCACAAAGAUGUGGCUGCGGAGGCGGUGACUGGAAGUGGGAAGACGCUUGCUUUCGUCAUCCCGAUCAUCGAGCUGCUCCUGAAGAGAGAAGAGAAGCUGAAGAAGAUGCAGGUUGGCGCCUUGGUGAUCACUCCCACAAGAGAACUGGCCCUUCAGAUCAGCGAAGUGAUGCAGCAGUUCAUUCAGAAGUUUCCACAGUUCACGCAGAUUUUAUUGAUUGGUGGAUCCAACCCAAUAGAUGAUGUGGAGAAGAUCCAGGAUCAAGGAGCCAACAUUGUGAUCGCGACUCCCGGCCGUCUGGAGGAUAUGUUCAGGAGGAAAGAAGAUGGUCUGGACUUUGGCAGCUCAGUCAGGUGUCUGGAUGUGCUGGUUCUGGAUGAGGCCGACCGGCUGCUGGAAAUGGGCUUCGCGGCCAGUCUGAACACCAUCUUGGGCUACCUGCCCAAACAGAGGCGCACAGGCCUGUUUUCAGCCACUCAGACUCAGGAGCUGGAGAAGCUGGUGAGGGCCGGCCUCAGGAACCCUGUCCGCAUCACCGUCAAAGAGAAAGGCGUGGCUGCGUCCGCCACUGCCCAGAAGACCCCCGCCAAGCUCUCCAACUACUACAUAUUAUGUAAAGCUGAGGACAAGUUCAACAACCUGGUGGCUUUUCUGAGACAACACAAGCACGAGAAGAAUCUGGUCUUCUUCAACACGUGUGCGGGUGUGGAGUACUUUGGCAAAGUUCUGGAGACUGUGAUCAAGAAGGCCACCAUCUGCUGCAUCCACGGCAAGAUGAAGAGUAAACGCAACACGAUCUUUGCAGACUUUCGGGCCCUGAAGAGUGGGAUCUUGGUGUGCACAGACGUCAUGGCCAGAGGCAUCGAUAUCCCCGAUGUGAACUGGGUGCUGCAGUAUGAUCCUCCCAGCAGUGCCAGGGCCUUUGUCCAUCGAUGUGGGCGCACAGCACGUAUUGGUAACCUGGGCAACGCGCUGGUCUUUUUGCUGCCGAUGGAGGAAACGUAUGUUACCUUCUUGUCCAUCAACCAGAAAUGCCCGCUCCAGCUUAUGCCUCAUGUACGUGAUGUUGUGGAUGUGCUGCCCAAAGCCAGGGCCUUAAAUCUGGCAGACCGCGCCAUGUUUGACAAAAGCAUGAGGGCCUUCGUCUCAUUCGUCCAGGCCUACGCCAAACACGAAUGUAGUCUCAUCUUUAGAGUCAAAGAUUUGGACUUUGCUACCUUAGCUCGUGGCUUUGCCCUCCUUCGCCUGCCGAAGAUGCCUGAACUAAGAGGAAAAACGUUCCCUGAUUUCGAAUCGACGAUGGUGGACACAGAAACCAUCCGCUACAAGGACAAGAACAGGCAGAAGGAGAGAGUGAAGAUGCUGAAAGACAGAAUUGAGAAUCCUGUUCCCAGAAAGGUUUUCGUCAAGACUACGUCCUGGUCCAAACAGAAGAACAAGAAGGAUCGCAAGAAAAAGUUUACGGCUAAGAGGAAGCACAAAGAGGACUGCGAAAUCGACGAUGAAGAUAUGAAAGAGCUUUUAAGCGACACUCGCCUCCUCAAGAGACUGAAGAAAGGGCAAAUCAGUGAGGAGGACUUUGAGAAACAGAUAACAACCUUACCAAAGUCCAAACACAAAACCGAGGGAGCACCACUCGACGGCUCAGUGGGGGAGGCUGUUUGACAAAACUCCUGAAGUCAAAAUGGCCAAAGUCAGAAACAAAGUUUUGAAUAAAUCCAGAAGAACACCUCGGACAUUUGUUUUCCCUUUUAUAAAAGGGUUUUAUUUGAGGCUUUUAAGUCACGGUCAUAAAUAAAGUUUGAUGAGUUCGUCGCUGACAGCGGACGGGGUGAGGACGCCCAGGUCAGUGAAGAGGAGGGUGAUGAGGGAGGGAGGCGUGUAAUCAAUGAUCGGAUGCUCCUCUGACAGGUUCUGCACUGUCUUCAGGGUUUCUGCUUUGUACUGUGGAGGAACGGAGAAGAAAUGUUAAGAUUCAACAGUUGUAUGUUAAGGUUUGGACAAAGGACAUUUUGCUGUAAAGUGGAAAUACAAACAUUUAACCCCUGCA